AUGGGGCAAAUGUGUGAUUUGGAGGAGUUGGAGUUUGAGGAGGCUCGUACAGCCCUUGUGCAACUACUCGGCGUUGAUGGUGGCACAGCAGGUUCUGAGAUGGAGGACGCACGUGGUCCGAAAGUCAGACUCAGCUGGCUUAGAGAGAUAUAUGUUCAGAGGUGUGAGUCGCAGCAUUGGGACUAUGCUGCUAGAGCAUAUUUGUUGCAUCUAGUAGGAUGCACAAUUUUUGCAAAUAAGAGUGCCAGUUCUAUACGCGUGUCUUACUUAUUGUUAUUUAGAGACGUACACGCGUGUGGCAGAUAUGCCUGGGGUGUUGCUGCACUCGCCUAUUUGUACGACCAGCUCGGGGAUGCGAGUCUCGCCUCCACGAAGCAGAUGGCUGGAUAUUUGACUCUAUUUCAGAGUUGGAUAUACGAACAUUUCCCUAGUAUGGGGAGGAGGCGGUUGGUAGCUUCUUACGAUGACACCACACCACGUGCCAUGAGGUGGCAGAGCCCUAGGCAGAGUUCCACUCUCACAGAGAUUCGAUCACAGUUGGAUGCGCUGACAUACAGUGGAGUUGUAUGGCAUCCGUAUGAGGGGCAUCGGGGCAUUCGACCAUUCUUCGGCAUCUGUAUGUAUUCUGGAUGGAUUCGGAUUGGUGACACCCUUUGUCGUCAUUUGCCUGAGCGUGUGCUGAGGCAAUUUGGGUUUCAGCAAGACAUUCCACGAUCACCGACUACGGUUCCAGAUGCAGAUGUAGUGGCCAUUGAUCAUAUGUGGUUGCACUUCAGAGCUCACGUUGUGAGUAAUGUCAGACAUGCAGCAUCCCCUUCUGACUGUGUUGAUGGGUACAUUCAGUGGUUCAGGAGGGUUUCGCAUCCUUAUAUUAUUGUUGCUGCAGAUGACGCGCGACCGGCUCUUGCACCUAGACAACGCCCCGAUGUUCCACGGGAGGCACGACCCCAUCGUAGAUCGUCUCCACCUUCACCAUCUGGCGCCCUGGCUAGAUUUAGGCGAAUGGCGAGAAUGUUACAGUCCUUGAUAUCGUGUCGUCAUGUCACCGAGGGUACUGUUGCACAUCAGGUGUCAGUGGACCUGCUUCAGAUUGCUAAUGAAGGCAUCGACGAAUAUUCCACCACUAGGAGAGAGCAGAGGCAUGUGCGUGGUAGACGGUCGACGUCUAAUUGAUGGGACUUUAUAUUUCCUUUUUCUGAUUAUGUAUUACAGGACUUUCUAUUAUCUUUGUAUUUGUAAUAGACAUUUAUAAUUUCUUAUAAUUUCAAUGUUUUCAUUUUGAGUUA